AUGUCUUUUCUAUAUAGACAGGAAAUUAAAUCGUUAGAGGAAGGAAUGCAAAACGCUUUCGUGAUCGGUGUGGUUAUAAACAGCACAAACGCGAAAACGAUUGACGCUAGUCGAACGAAAUUUCAUAAAGGCGAUCGUAGCGUGUGGACAUUCACCUUGCGCGAUUCCGAGGUGGACUUUAUUAAUGUGACGGUUUGGGGUAGUACGGGAUUUAUAACAAAAAUAUCGUCUACUUACAAUAUAGGAUCUGUAGUGGAAGUGAUAAGUGCAAAGAUAGUGAAACGUCAACCUAACGACAGAAACGAGCAAUUUGUACCAUCGACCACCAGUCCUUUCCUUCUGAUUGUAAAUGAGGGUAUGGCAAUUAUACAACAUCACGAUGCGCCCACUCGUGAACAAUACAUGAACUUGUUGACCCGGCCUAUUAAAAGUGUCACAUCCGCCAAGAAUUUGAAAGUUGUUCUGGAAAACAUUGACGCUCUGUGCGAUCGAUUCGUCGAUCUUUUCGUCGUAGUCACGUUUGUCGCAGACGCGCGUAACAUAAUGACGCGUGACGGACGGUCUGUAACGUGUCGCAGUUUCGAGGUUGCAGAUGGAUCGACGGAUAAUACGGUAUCUCUGUUAUUGUGGGAGAAGGACUGGGUCGAAAGAUCUGCGUUUUGGGAACCGAAGCAAACGGUAUUGUUCUUGAUUGACGCUCGUAUUGCAUACGAUGAGUAUAAGAAGAAAACUGCGCUGAGCAUAGCGAGACGAACGCUGAUUAUAGAAUGCCUGAAUAUACCGCAGGCAGCGGAACUUAAAAGUGCUGUAGAACAUUACGAUCCUGAUUCAUUAAGCAGUGACCCGUUUGCUGUGCCGAAUCCGGACACUAUCACGACUGUAAUGACAAUACAGCAAAUCACGGAAAAAUUGCAAAAAAAAGCGAGCAUGGAUGGCGAAAGAUUGCAGUUCGCGACGAUCGUAAAAGCUUUGGUGACUGAGAUGAAUCUAGAAGAUUUGCCCAAUGUGAUUUCUAUAAAAUGCGCUCUGUGUAAAAAGAUCGUCGCGAGCAUGCAAGAUUCUUGUAUGAAUUUGAGUUGUCCUUCGGGUAAUGGGAUGCAGUCGCCUUUAAACGUCAUUAAGCUCAACGUGAAAGUCAAUUUAAAGGACGACACCGGAUAUCUCAUCGGAUGCCGCUUGACUGGAGAUUUCGCGGAGCGUGUCUUAGGUUGCACACUCGACGAAUUUCAGGUAAUGACAGCAGAACAACGCGAAGAGUUGAAAUGGGUGUAUAUGUUGGAAAAAUGCGAAGUUCGACUGCACAUUUUUGGACCAACCACUGCUUUCCCGCGCGCAAUGUACAAUGUUUUAUCAAUUCAACAUUAUCGGGGUGAAGAAGCAGAGUAAACAAUUAUUUAAGAUAAACUGCAACUUUGCCCGUGUAUUAAAAAUACUCGUUUCUAGUCACUCUGAUUCAGUGACAAUUUUUUCUCAACAUCGUAUUUUUCGUUUUAUAUAUACACAUAUAUAUAUAUAUAUAUAUAUAUAUAUAUAUAUAUAUAUAUAAGGAUAUUAUAAAAAUGUCGUUAUAAUUCAGACAACAAAAGAUCUCCAGGGGAUGUCUUGGGGACAUUCUUAGAGCAUCUUUAGGAUAUCCUGUGGAGAUCUGUGCUGUUUGGGGAAGUAUAUAGUGAAGUAAUAGUGAUGCGUAACGGGAUUGUUGUUAACUUUUACGUUUUCGAAAUACGAAUGUAUCUCUUAUGAUUUCAACUUAUUAGGUGCGUUCGGGGAGCUCGCUCUUAGCGCUAUUCAGCGCUACCGUGUUAUUCUAUCCUUAUUGUUUAUUUAAGGAGCGAUAAAGAUUGAAGAACGCGGUAACGUUGGUAGCAUGCUCCCCGAGCGCACCCACCCUUAUAGAAAUAUCAUACCAAGAAUCAUUGAUAAUUACUUAUUAUCCAGUAUUUUUAAUACUGAAAAUAAGUAAUUAUCAAUGAUUCUUAGUAUGAUAUUUCUAUAAGGACAUAGUUUGUCUCAUAAAGAAAUUGUUUUCUUUAUUGACGGGCAAGAAAAGUUUGUGAACAACUGACCUAUAAAGAAUAUAUGCAUCACUGUUUUAUCGAAGUAAGAAGUUUUAUAUUUUAAUUUAACAUACGCGUUUAUUGUAUAAAAAGUAAAGACUCUUGUACAAAUAAA